UGAAAGUGAAAGUAAACCACAGCAGCUCUAUUUCAGAAACCAUUUCAGGAGUAAAAACACAGUUGUUUUAGGACUUGAUACCGUGACUAUUUCCUGUAAGUGAACUCUGUGCUGAUACAGGGUUUGAUUUAACACACCGAUGUUGGAGUGAAGUAAACGUGUGUCCUGCUGUAAUCUGGAGAAGGAGACAUGACCUCCAACAUGAGUGUGUCUGGAAAACAGGACUUAAAGAAAGACGAGAGAAGGAUGAAGAGAAAGAGAUCAGACUCACCAGAACCCAGCUGUAUGUCCAUGAAGAGUGACGCGUCAAUGGAUCCUCCGGUUAAGUUCAGAGACAGAGACAGAGACAGUUCUACUGAUGUGAGACCACAAAAGAAGAAAUCAAACAUCAGCAGAAAUCAGUUGGAGUCCAUAUUCAAGGAGCUGGAACACAAAGUCAUCACUCUGAUAAAGAAUGAGCUGAAGAGGUUUAGGAAGCUCGUGAGUCCAGAUUACCCAGCAUGCACUGAGAGGGAGGUGGAGGAUGAGGAGGAUCUGCACAGUGUCAGAGAGGGAGCGCUGAAGAUCACACUGCACGUCCUGAAGAACAUGAACCACACAGAUCUCGCUAACACACUGCACAACAAGUCUGUGGCCUUUGUGUAUCAGGCAAAGUUGAAAUCCAACCUGAGAGAGAAGUUUAAAAGAAUUAAUGAAGGAAUCUCACAGCAUGGAGGCUCAGCACUUCUGAAUGAGAUCUACACAGAGCUCUACAUCACAGAGGGUUGGAGUGGAGACGUCAAUAAUGAACAUGAGGUUAGACAGAUUGAGACAGCGUCCAGGACACCAGCAACACAGGAGACACCCAUCAAAUGUAAUGACCUCUUUAAAGACAAGUCCAUCAGAACUGUGCUGACUAAAGGUGUUGCUGGAAUUGGAAAAACAGUCUCUGUGCAGAAGUUCAUUCUGGACUGGGCUGAAGGAAAAGCAAAUCAGGACGUCACCUUCAUGUUUCCACUUCCCUUUAGAGAGCUGAAUUUGAUGAAGCAGCAAAAUCUCAGUCUGAUGAAUCUUCUUCAUCACUUUUUCCCAGAAAUGAGAAAACUACAAUUAAUAGAUUGUGAAUCCUACAAAGUGGUGUUGAUCUUUGAUGGUCUGGAUGAGUGUCGACUUCCUCUAAAUUUCCAGAACAAUGAGAGAUUGUGUGAUGUGACAGAGUCAGCCUCAGUGGAUAUGCUGCUCACAAACCUCAUCAAGGGGAAUCUGCUUCCCUCUGCUCUCCUCUGGAUAACCUCUCGACCAGGAGCAGCCAAUCAGAUCCCUCCUGAGAGUGUAGACCAGGUAACAGAGGUACGAGGGUUCAGUGAUCCUCAGAAAGAGGAGUACUUCAGGAAGAGGAUCAGUGAUCAGAGCUUGGUCAAUAAAAUCAUCACACACGUGAAGUCUUCAAGAAGCCUCUACAUCAUGUGCCACAUCCCAGUCUUCUGCUGGAUUUCAGCCAAUGUUCUAGAGAGAAUGUUGGGUGAAGCAGAGAGUGGAGAGAUCCCCAAGACUCUGACUCAAAUGUUCACACACUUCCUGAUCUUUCAGAUCAAACACAAGGACCAAAAGUACCAUCAGAAAUGUGACCCUGAUCCUCAGCAGACCAGAGAGAGUAUCCUGGCACUGGGGAAACUGGCUUUCCAACAGCUGGAGAAAGGAAACCUGAUCUUCUAUGAGGAAGACCUGAGUGAGUGUGGCAUUGAUGUCAGAGAAGUGUCAGUGUACUCAGGAGUGUGUACCCAAAUCUUCAGAGAGGAGUUUGGGCUUCACCUGGGGAAGGUGUUCAGCUUUGUACAUCUGAGUGUUCAGGAGUUUUUGGCUGCUUUAUAUGCAUUUCUCUCCUUCAUCAGCAGAAAUGUACCAGAACAACAAAUCACUGAUCUGUCUGAACUUUCCAGAAAGUCAAACAUGUCUGAUUUCCUCAGGAGUGCAGUGGACAAGGCCUUACAGAGUGAGAAUGGACACCUGGACCUGUUCCUCCGCUUCCUUCUGGGUCUCUCACUGGAGUCCAAUCAGACUCUUUUACGAGGCUUAAUACCACAGAGAGGAAGCAGCUUUCACAGCGAACAGGAAACAGUCAAGUACAUCAAGGAGAAGAUCAGGGAGAAUCCAUCACCAGAGAAAUCCAUCAAUCUGUUCCACUGUCUGAAUGAACUGAAUGAUCAUUCUCUAGUGCAGGAAGUACAAACUUACCUGAACAGAGAAGAUUACAGGUGUCUCAGUGGAAGCAGUCUCUCUCCUGCUCAGUGGUCAGCUCUGGUGUUUGUGUUACUGAACUCAGAACAGGAGCUGGAUGAGUUUUCAUUGAAUAAAUAUUACCAAUCAGAAGAAUGCCUUCUGAGGCUGCUGCCAGUGGUCAAAGCCUCCAGAAAAGCUGAGUGAGUAUUUUUAUUCAUAAAUGUAUUACUGCAUGGUUUGUUAUUUUAAUGUAACACUGAACUGCACUGUUUGGAGAAGAUCUUUUACAGAAUAUUCUUUCACUUUUUACACUAACACAUUAUGUCCACACUGCGGGACACGUGAGAGAGGAUAAGGACGCUUUCACAUCUACCUGGGCUGGUUUGGACCGAUUAAACUUUCUCUUUAGUUUGGAUCUCUUUGGACGUAUGUGACUCCACCUGUUCUGGGGUCCACACCAAACAACUGAACUAGUGUCUGUGUAAAAUCUAAGGUCCUGAGGUGACAGAUUUGUAACGGUACACACCAACUACUAUACCGUCUCUGUGAAAUUCAACAUAUAACUCACUGUAAAGUACCACUAGUACUGGCAUGUUAUUAACUGGUAGUGUACAGUUCUAUAAUUCUUUAUUUUCUGUAAUAAAAUGCACUAUAUCUGCAGUGUUGGUUGUAGAAACUUGAACACAGAUCAGAGUGUAUUGUUUGUAGGCUGCUCGCUCUCACAUGUGUGUGUUAUGUACAUGACCUAAUGGUCUUAUAAUAAAUUGUAGCUGAGAGAUUGUGGAGUGCAGAAAGAUGUCCCUGCUCCUGUAAAUGUGCUGAUGAGGUGUCCUGUCCUCUGAUUUCUGUGUGUGAGAGAAACACACUGACAUUUCUGUUCAACUUUAGCUGUAUUAUGGCUGUGUUUGUGUGUUUGUGAUCAGUGUUCUGAUAUUUCAUCAUUUCUUUUCCAGUCUGCGUGGGUGUAAUCUGACAGAGGAAAGCUGUAGAGUUCUGUCCUCAGUUCUCAGCUCAAACUCCUCCAGUCUGAGAGAACUGGACCUGAGUGACAAUAAACUGCAGGAUUCAGGAGUGAAGCUGCUCUCUGCUGGACUGGAGAAUCCACACUGUACACUGGAGAUCCUGAGGAUGCGUUACUGCAGUAUUACAGAUGAAGGUUGUGCUGCUCUGGCUUCAGCUCUGAGGUCAAACUCCUCAUCACACCUGAGAGAACUGAAUCUGUACUAUAAUAAUCCAGGAGAAUCAGGAGUGAAGCUGCUCUCUGAUCUACUGAAGGAUCCACACUGUAAACUGGAGACACUACACAUUAAGGAUAAUAAACUCACCAGGACUGGCGUAUGACAGGAGUCUCCCCUCAAACCUCUUUUCCAGGAUAAAGCAGUUUUGGUGAAGCGUUAGAACCCGUCCCACAUUUCCAGCAGUCUGGGAGCUGAAUCAUUUAUAUUCAGAUGUAGAAGUUCCAUAACAAUAACCGUGACUGAUCACAUCCUUUUAUCCACUCAGCUCCAAGUUACUUCAGGCUUUAAUAACAUAUUUUACAAUCCAAAGUCAAAUCCUUCAGCAUCUACACACAACACAGAGAUAUCAUCACAUCAUCACACUGAUUACACAAAUACACAUCCAUGUGUUGUAGCUAUUUAUAGCUUAUUUUUAGCUCCAUUUUUAUUUAACAUUUGUGUCUCCACUGAUGAUUGAUUAAUAGUUGUGAUACUGAUUUAUUUAUUUUUCCUCUAAAAAUGAUUUUCAGAGCUCUGUUCUUUGUUGCUUAUCUGUUUUUAAUGGUGACCAUGGUAACAACUCUGUUGCUUGAGUUGUUGUUGUUAUGGUGAUAAAUUAACCUCACUUCUAUCUUACCAGUUCCUUGGGUACAGACCAGCAGGGUUCUUGUCCCAGACUUGAACAGUUUUUGCUGAACGAUAACUAGAUAUUUUGACUGUCUAAUAUAUUUAGAUUUUUUUAAACUGUAACUGAAAAGCUUUAAGUACAUGCACUCUAUAUAUUUGUCAUUUAAUACAGUUUUGUAUAUACGUUGUAUACAAGCACUGUGCACUUUAUUAGGAACACCUGUACACAUUCAUGCAGUAUAUUGGUAAUUUGUAACAUCAAAUAUACAAUAUAUAAGUAAAUAAGCAAAAAAUAAAGGUGUUUUUAAUUUAUUUAUCCUCAUGAGAUGUUUACUGUGGGUCAACAAGCCUCAUUUCUGUUUAUUAACAAGUUUAGUUAUUUACCGUGUUUCCCUAGUUAUGAGGUAAUUUAUGAUAACUAUCAUGUAAUGUUUAAUAUUUACUAAAGAGAUUUUAAAGAAUUUUUUAAAUUUAAUACAAAUAAAUUUAAAUAAUUAGAAGUGUAGAAUUUUGCAGUAGUCAUGGUGAUGAUGAUGAUGAUGUCACAGAGAUGGUACAGAUUUUUUCAUUAGGACUGCUGAAGGUUUGUUUAUUUCUACUUUGGGAGCUUCAUCAUUCACACUCGCAGAUUCAGGUGAGAGAGAUUUCUCUAUGUGUUAAAACUGACAGGUGUGUAAACUCCACACACACUGAGCACACCACAGAUUAGAAAUACAUUUAGAAGAUGAGUGUAUGACUGCGUUGUACAACUCAAUACUAAUAUUUCAUUACAGAGAGUGAAAAACAGGGUUUGAAGUAGAGACAGCACUGAUCCCAUACCCAGUAUUAGUCCCGGGCCGAUACCAGCAAAAACAAAAUGAUGGAUAUUGGAUAUCAGAAAAAACAUAUUGUAUAUCAGGUACUGUAACAAACAGAGAAGAUUGGAAUUGGAUUUUGGAAAUAAAGAGACUCAACUGCUUUUUCCUUUGUUAGGAUCAUUUUUUGUUAUAUGUAUACAUUAUCCUAUUUAUUAUUUUCUUUCCAGUGCAGUUUUUUUAGGUCAGUCAUUCACAUUUAUUUAUUAUAGAAGCAGGGGAAAGGGGAAACAGCUGAGAAAUUCUCACUUUUAUGAA